AUGGCGAACACCAAUCCUUCCUCCUGCCACCUUCUCCUCUUCUUCCUCCUCCCCUUCCUUUUAACUCAUCCUGCCAUAACCCAGGACCCAUCCGUCACCACGUCGACGGUAACCGAAGGUGACUCGUUAAUAGUCCCCACAGCGCUGGCCAACCAGACAACUCCAAGCUACGUGGAGACCACGCAGAACUCUCCUCUAGAGACAGGGCUGUCCACUCCCAUCAGCGGCGGGGACGCAGACGAUGAGGAUGUCCUUCCCAACGGCGGGACACGUUGCCAGGGUUACUACGACGUGAUGGGCCAAUGGGACCCGCCGUUCAACUGCAACGCUGGGGUCUUCCUGCACUGCUGCGGCACCUGCUUCUACCGUUUCUGCUGCCAGUUCCGGCAGCAGCGGCUGGACCAGAGCAUCUGCUCAAACUACGACACGCCCAUCUGGGCCAACACCGGCAAGCCUGUGGCCACCAUCACCGAGGGCCAGGAGGACCAGGACCGGGAUCGCACACACCUCAUCGUCUACAUCAUCUGCGGCGUGGUGGCCAUCAUGGUGCUGGUGGGCAUCUUCACCAAACUGGGCCUGGAGAAGAGCCGUGGAGGAAGUGGAGGAGGGUGGGGGGCGGGGCAAUCUGACCUCAACUCCAGGACACUGACAGACCUGCUGAAGCAGCAGGGAGCUGAGGUGAGCUCAGUGGAAAACGCCGCGGCCAGUUCGCCCAACGGAGAGAGAGCCAACGGCAUUUCAGCCAGGAUGCUGCGCAGUAGGAGUGAACAGUACCAUCUGAAUAACUCAGCAUACGGGCCGUUUGGACAAGGGCUUCCACACCCACACAGCAACCACAGCACGGUGGGACUCAACAAAUAUACCUCCCUCAAAGCAGUGGCGCACAGUGCGUCUCGUAGCUACUACAAGAGCUUCCCGCUCAUGGACUUCUCCCAGUACCAGGCUGUGGCUCCUCCGGCCUUCCAGCCCAUGCCUGUACAGCCCAAAGAGAAAUCAUACAUCCACCACCCCGCGUCAGCACACCACGACCUCCACGCCCCCCUCUCCAUCUCAAUCCCCUCCAGCCACCUGGAGCAAUCGCGCCUGCCCAAAACAACCACACACCCGCUGCUCUCCAGCUCGGCCUUCAAAGCAUGGGAGCCUGCUGGACGCCACGUCCACAGGCAGGCCUCCGUCCCGGGGCACUGCACCUCCACCAUGCACAGCUCCACACGGAGACAUGGCUACUCGACCCGGAGGCAGCAGAGCAUAGAGAACAUACCGGACCUCUUUAGCCAGCCCUACGGAGGGAUGUAUGGAGGAGCUGGAGGGGGGGCAGUGCAGGGGCAGCAGGUACAGGGGCAACACUCAUCCCAGCCCUCCUACCACCACCAACACAACAGGCAGAAGAGCUAUUCCACCCACAGUUCAACUGAGGUGACUGUCUGA